AAUUGCGUAAGGCCAGGUAAGCAGAAAACGCCGUUAUCUCGUGUUUGUGUCUCCCAGUUUAUAAAUCUGACGAGUUCGAGCAAGUGCUUGGCGUUGGCAGUGUUUCAGUAAACACGGGUAAAUGCGAGCGAUUAGAUAAAGCGGCACAAUGGCGAAAGCGGGCCAGCGACGAAGAAGUUCGAUCAAAAAGGAGUUCACAGAGAAGGAAUUGCAAGAUUUAAGGACCGCCUUUGAACUCAUCGACUCGAACCAGGAUGGACGCAUCAACCCCGACGAGUUCAAAAUCAUGCUCGAAAAUGUCGGGAUUGAGCUGGAGGAUGAGAAGAUUGAGGAGCUGAUCCGGAGCGCCAGUCAUGCAGGGGUUGAGGUGAUCGAUGAGAAUGAGUUCCUCACGUGGAUUAAGCACAUUCAGGAGUUGCGGCCUGAGGCGAAAAGCGAGGACGAUGGGGCGAAGGAGCUCAUGGAAGCGUUCCGAGUCUUCGACUUAGAUAAUAACGGAUAUAUCACAAGGGAUGAGUUGAGGCUGGCGAUGGAUAAGAUUGGAGAGCCGGUUACUGAGAGCCAAUUGACUGAGUUUAUUAAUAUGGCUGAUACCGACAAAGACGGGAAAAUUAAUUACGAAGAAUUUGCGAAAUUGUUAUCUUAGAAGAAUAAAAACGUGUUGUGACUUCAUGGACGUAAAUUAUGUGACGUCAGUGUUUGCCUUGUGGAUUAAAUUGACUUUAGUUGAGUGAUAAUGAAGUUUCCCAAAUCUCUUUAUUGCACAGUGCGUAUAAAAAAAUCAGUUACAAUGUAACUAUGUUAAUCGAUUAUUUGUUGUAAAGAGUUUGCGACUUGAUGGCUCAAACAAUACGUAAUUCUUGAAUAUAUUUACAUUUUGUCAAGUCACAAACUUGUUAAGGAACAAACAUUUGUGUAAAUAUAAUAAUAAAUUUUGUUGAAUUUAUGGCAAAUAAAACAAUUCACAGCAAA